AUGGUUCGGCGCCUCUCUACGGGAGUGAAGCGCACCGCGGGGCGACGCGGCGCUUCGGGCGUUCAGUCAGCGUCUGCACUCCGUCUGGGGCAGAAACAGAAGCGUCAUGAGAUCAAGCAAGUUUCUCAAGUACCAAGCGGUGCAGAUCGGAAGCUGCGCGCUCCAUCUCGAAGCAAACCAGACGAAAAACUGCGCGACGCCUCUCGCGAGCAGCUGCCUGCUCAUACCGCGAAGCGAAAAGCAGCUGCGUCGGAAACAGCGCACCCGAAUCAAACCGAUUCAGACUCAGAGGAUAUGUCGAUCUUUCAACGGAAGCCUCAAAACGAUGAUAGGCUCGCGUUCAACCAAGAAGGGUCAUUCGACGCGUCGACGGUGGCGCCGGAGCCGUUCCACGCGUCGACCGACUCCGAGGACGUCGAGCGGUACGCGUUUCCAGUAACGCACCUCAGUGAUGCUACAGAUGAUGGAGUCAGUACUUCUGAAGACGAAGACGAGUACCUGGCGAGGCACAUGCGGCAGUAUGCGGCCACGCAGCCGCUUGCGGUCGCUGACGCUGCCACAGAUGCCGCAUCGAAGGCCUCUCCACAGGAACCUGAGCACGAUCUCGAUGCGAACGAUGCUGCUGCGUGGACGUCAGGUGCAGCACCAGCAGCAAUGCGUCCAGGACACCUCGAGGAACUGAAACAAGCGAUUCAGAAUCGCGUUCAAGAGCUGAGCGAACCCGCACCCCAGCGGAAAGGCGCACGAAGUAGAUCAGAGCUGGUUACCGAGCUAUUGGAAAUGAUCUGCGCAGCGUACGAUUACCUGCCUUCUCUAGCACAGCGUUUUGCGGAACUCUUCCCGCCUACGGAGCUGCUUGCAUUUAUAGAGGCGAACGAGUCGCCCCGACCCCUGGUCAUUCGCACCAACACGCUGAAAGUGCGGCGACAGCGGCUCGCAAUGGCGCUCAUUGCUCGCGGCAUGAAUGUAGAUCCCGUCGGCUCCUGGUCGCCUGUCGGGCUCACUGUUUACCAGAGCGAAGUACCGGUAGGCGCAACACCGGAAUAUUUGGCCGGCUACUACAUGAUUCAAGCGGCUGCGAGUUUCCUACCCGUUAUGGCACUCGCACCGCGCGAGCACGAACGGAUUCUGGAUAUGGCGGCAGCACCGGGCGGCAAGGCCACCUAUAUCGCGCAGCUUAUGAAAGGUACGGGGUUGCUUUUUGCCAACGACGUGAAUCGGGAACGCUGCAAAGCGCUCGUUGCGAACCUCCAACGUCUCGGUGUACCGAAUGCAGUCGUGAUGAGCCUGGACGGAAGGACGCUCUCAAAGUCGGCGAAUGGGAGCCCGUCUGAGCACGGCGGAUUCCGUCACUUUUUCGAUCGAGUGCUGCUGGACGCACCGUGUACCGGUACUGGGGUCAUCGCACAUGAUGCAUCCAUCAAACACACACGGGAUGAAGCGAGCAUUCGACGUUGCGUUUACCUCCAGAAACAACUUCUGCUUGCAGCGGUCGAUGCGUGCAACCCACGCAGUGAGACGGGAGCCGUUGUUGUCUAUUCGACGUGCAGCAUCCUUGUCGACGAAAAUGAGGAAGUAGUCGAUUAUGUUUUGCGCAAACUGGGUUCCCGGGUGAAAGUGGUCUCAACAGGUAUCCCGUUCGGCUUACCAGGUUUCAUCCGCUUUCGGGAGAAACGCUUUCACCCGAGCCUCGCGGAGGCACGGCGCUAUUAUCCACAUGUGCAUAACAUGGAUGGUUUCUUUGUUUGUAAGCUCCGCGUAUUGCCCGAGAGCAACACAACGACCAAGGCGUCGACAUCGCGAACUGUAGAGGAAUCUUCACCGGAGACUGCUUCGAAACGCCAGCGACAAGGCCGUCGAACUGGCGCAGGCUCCUCGUCAGAGCAUGUUGCCGAACCAGCACCCAAGCCAGCAGACUUCACGGCCUCGUCGCCACGUCUGGAUAGCGUCGAAGCCGAUGAACCGGUGCUGAUUCGACUUGAACCGGGACGUACCCGCCGCCUGGUACGCCGAAGAAGCAGCGCAGCGUCCUGA